UGACAGCAGCUAGCAUACCAAAACAAUAGCUAUUCAGUUUUGACUCUGACAGCUACUCGCGCGAGGUGUCGACAACGGUGGUCUUGUUUACCUCCUUGUCCUGACGAAAUGGCACCAAAAUUUGUAACUCCGAGGGGAACUCUUACUGCAAAUGAAUAUCUGGUGUAUUCCGCUGAGUUUGGAUCACUUCGAGGUGUUAAAAAGGCUUUGAAAGCUGGUGCAGACGUUGAUUUCGAUACGAGCAGUGAUAGUAGGUCAUCCAAUCCACCAAAUACAGCAUUGUUCAGUGCCUGUGUCCAUGGGCGUGUGGACAUAGCGAGACUGCUGCUCCGCAAGGGGGCGUCUGUGGUGCGGAGAACAGUUUGUGCCUUCGCUCCCCUUCAUGCAGCGGCAGCAGAAGGGUGGACAGAGAUAGUGGACUUACUGGUGCAGCAUGGUGCGACGUUGGACAUACGGGACGCCUAUAAAAACACUCCACUUAUUGCUGCGUUUUGCUAUAACCAUGUCGACACAGUUCGGAGACUGAUUGAGCUUGGAGCAAGGCCUGAUUUGGCAAACUAUUAUGUAACCAAGAGGUUGGCUGAGAAACCAGUAGGAACCCGUGAAAGUGAAGAGUGUGUUAAGUUGAUACAGGAGGCGAUGAAGUCCAAGCUGUUGAGAUGCUGCAACCCUAAGUGUGGCAAACCUGGCUACAGGUCAACCCUGAAGCUGUGUGCCGGGUGCAAGCUGACCCGCUACUGCAGCCGUGACUGUCAGAAACAACACUGGUCUGUCGGACACAAGAAGUGCUGUGGGCAUGACGUGUACCCUGACGAGGAACCAUUACCCUUUCAGAAUAAGGUCGCGUCAAUGUAUAAACGUAUCCUAGAACAUUUAAACCAAGGGUAACUGCAGAAAGUCUUGACAACUUCGUGCAUCCAGUUUGUAUUAUCGACGACAUGAAACUACUUUUAAUUCUAUACGGAGAACUGUUGAGCACACGAUGCCGCUACAGCCACUUAUCAACAAAGUUUGGCUAAGUUUACUAUAGUUAAUGAUAUUGACGUUCUUGUAUGUAGAACAUAAUGUUGUGUCAAGUUUUAAAGUCAAACAGUUUUAUGACUUUGUUGGGUUUAUCUUAGAAAUGAAAGUAAAUUUCAGUGAAAGUGUCGAUCUGUAGUCAGAUUUUAACGAAACUAGUUUGAAGAGACCACACUUCAUGUUGUUAAAUCAAUGAUGAUAGGCUUUGUUUGUUUGUUUAUUCUAUUUGACUUGCAUAAGUAUAGUCACAGUUAUCAGUUAACGUUAUAUUCUCGUUGGAUCCUGUUUCGUGUUUUAAAAGUGACUUUUCUACUGAACUGACUGUUGAGUGUUGUGGUCAGAUCAAUGAUAAUACACUGACAUAGAGUAUAGUCACAGUUAUGUCUUAUAUUCUCUCUGAGUCGCAUGUUUCAUCUGAUAAAAGUGACAUUCUACUGAACUUGAGAGUUUUAAUCUGUUAUUUUAUUGAUGAAGUGUUUAGCUCUCUCAGGUGAAUCAGAAAGAAUACAAGAAAAAGAAUUAUCAACAAGUUUGUAUAGAAUGAAUUUCCUUGAACAUCUAUUUUUCCUAUACAUGUGUAGCAGAAUAUUUCUCGAUCAAUGACACUUUUGAAAUCCAUAAAACACA